AUGACUUUUCCAUUUUAUAAAGCUCCUCCAACUCAUCAAAAUGAUAUUCCUCCUGAUAUCAUUUUGAAUAACAGUAUCGGUACCAAUGCAUCACCAUCAACAACAAAAAAAACGUUAGGCUCAAGAAGACCUUCAACUAGUGAAUCGUUAGCUGGCUCAGUUAGAUCAAAAAAAUCUACCUCAUCAUCUUUAAAUUCGUUUAAAUCAUACAACGCUGUUAACAAUAAUAAUUCCCCCAAUAAUUAUAACUAUAACAAUCCUAUUAAUAAUAGUGGUAUCAGUAAUCGCAAACCAAAACAUAAAACUAAAUCGAUUAGUCUUACUAAGUUUUUCAGAAGAUCUAAAAAAAAUGACCCGACACACAUCCAAGCAAUUCAAUACUUAAAAAAUAAAAAUUAUCAACAAGCAAUAAUUUUUUUCACUGAAUCAUUAGAGAAUUAUCCCAACAGCUACUCAAUAAGAUGUGAUAGAGCCUAUGCCUAUUUACAAUUAGGAGAACACAUUUUAUCAUUACAAGAUCUAAAUGCUGCUACAUUAAGAUACCCAAACAAUGCUAGAGCAUGGGCGCUAAAAGGUGAAACUCAUAGACUGAUGCGUAAAUAUGAUGAUGCUUACCAAGACUUGGAGAGAUCAAUCAAACUAAAUCCACUAAAUACCUACUCUUUAAAAAUCAGAGCUGAAGUUCAUUUUUCCAAAGAAAAAUACCAUGAUGCGAUCAAUGAUUUGAAUAGAGCUUUUGAAUUGCAACCAAAUGACUCGUUUGUUCUCAUAAAAAGGGCUAAAGUCUAUAAAACUCUCUACGCGUACUCUAAUGCUUUAAGAGAUUUAGAUGAGGCAUUGAAAUUUGAUAAAAUUAAUAGAGCAUACAUAUUAACAACUAAAGGUGAAAUAAAUUUUAUAAUAGAUAAAUUUGAAGAAGCAUUGCAGUGUUUCAAUGAAUCAUUAGAAAUAGACGAUAGUAAUCUAAUAACUUUGGAAAAAAGAGGUACUCUACUUCGUCAAUUGGGCAGGAAAUACGAGUAUGAGGCAUUAAAAGAUUUCGAUAAUAUUUUAUUGUUUGAUAAAAACAAUGUACUUGCUUACAAGAAUAAAGCCGAGAUAUUUCAAGGAAUGGGUAGAUAUAAGGAAGCUUUGAUAAAUUUUAAUUAUGGAAUUGAAUUGAGCCCAAAUGAUUUAAGUUUGUUAAGACAACGAGGCGAGAUAAAUCGAUUAUUGGGUAAUUAUGAAAAGGCAAUAAAUGAUUUCAACGAUGCAUUGUCAAUUAAUCAGGACGAUGCAUUUUUAUUGAGAGGAAGGGGUGAAGUAUAUCGAUUAUUACAAAAAUUCGAUCUGGCUCUAUUGGAUUUUGAUAGAUCAUUAGAACUUGAACCUGGUAAUGUAUUUGCUUUGACUAGUAGAGGUGAAGUUCAUCGUAUGUUAAAUGAUGGCAAUAAGGCAUUGAAUGAUUUGAAUCAAGCUAUAGAAAUCGAACCUGAUAAUGUAUUGGCAAGAGAAAGUCGUGGUGCUGUAAAUAGAACCCUUAGGAGAUAUGAAGAGGCAUUAAGAGAUCUGGAAAAAGCUAUAAAAUUGAAACAUAAUAGCGUAUUCGCCCUAGCCAAUCGUGGAGCUGUUUACCAUAUGUUGAAAAGAUAUCAGGAGGCAUUGCUUGAUUUGAAUUUGGCAUUAGAAAUCGAUUCAAAUCAAGAUCUAGCCUUAGAAACUAGAGGUUCUUUAUUUCACAUGUUAGGAAAGCGGGCGGAGGCAUUGAAUGAUUUGAAUAAAGUGUUACAAUCCAAACCGGAUAAUCAUUGGGCAUUGUGCUAUCGUAGUGAGGUGUUGUAUGAAUUGGAUAAAUGCGAAAAUGCAAUACAAGAUGUGAAUAUAGUUCUUAAAGUGAAACCACAUUGGAACUAUCCAUUAUCAAUACGUGGGGCAAUAUAUAAAAAACUUGGUCAUUAUUCUGAAGCAUUGAUGGAUCUGGACGAGGCGUUAAGCAAUGUCAGGGACAGAGCAUUCAACAACGAAUAUGAGAAUAAAGCGUUGUGUAAUAGAGGAUCGAUUUACCUUUACCAAAAAAGAUAUUUUGAAGCUCUGACAGACUUUAAUAAGGUGUUGAUUAGAGAACCGGAAAAUGUGCUUGCUUUGCGUGAAAGAGGCCGUUAA